AGAUCAUGAGUUUCUGUCAUUGUCUCAAAAUUACAAAUGAAGUUUUCCCGACAUAACAGGAUGAUUUUCUCGAGAUGUGGAUAUGAUGAGGUAAUUGAUUUGGGAUCACAAGAACACAAUGUUUCAUAAGUAAAACCUAAUUGUCCCAGGCCCAUAUUUUGUUCUGUCAGGCAUCUUAAGUUGCCUAGAAUCACAUAGUUUUGUUAUUUUCAUUUUCCGAUGGUUUCUACUCAUCUAAUUCAUUGGAAAGUAUUGUCCUUUUUUACGCUUUUAUUUAAUAGGCCACCUUAAGACACAAGUUAUAUAAUGUAGUUUACAAAUACAUUCUGAUUUAUUAUCAUGGAUAGGACAGUAGGCAUAUCUCUCUCUUCUUCUUUUCAUUGUGUUUGACAAACAUUCAUUCCCCAGAGGUUGUGAAAUUCACCAGCCUUGUGUGAUUCAACAACACAUAUAGUGAACAAUCAUUUCCUGGAUAGUUUCCCAUAACAGACGAGUGCAAAGCCUUGAACUUAUAAUCAUAGUUAACAUAUAGGCCUAUCUAAACGACACUUCUCUCCUGGAUAGAAGGCCAUUUAUAUGGUACAGAUAUAGACGUAAAUGAACAUAUAUGUCAAAUAAUUACUCAGAUAUCCUCUGAAAUUCCAUAUUAAUGACAUUUAAAUCGUCUUAAACCGAAAAUGUUGGAGCAGGAAUCAAGAUAUAACUUGCACAACUUAAACCUGGCAACAUCAGAAUUUUGGAGAACUGCCAAUAUACCAUCUUAACCUCAAUAACAUCAACAAAACACAGUGCCUGGCAAUACAGGACUUCAACACGCAACUGGGCUUUCCUUCCUUGUGUAAAUCUGAUUUAAAAUAGGGAAAUCCCGUCCUCUGUCACGUUUUCACUGUAGGAUCAAUGUCAUGUAAGACAGAAGUUACGCAAACACUAGGAGAUAAAAGCGUAGCCAACAGAAAGCUCUGCAGAAGGGAGCUCUGAUUUCUACAUUGCAGCACUGGAGCCUUAUUUGAUCUAAUAAUUGUACUUUUUCCAACGGUCUGAAGAUGUGGACACUGGGUCUUCAGCUGGCCGUCAUCUGUGUUUUCCUUCAGGUGCCUGGCUGUUUUCCAUCAUGCGUCAUUACUGGCUCUGUAGCUAACUGUGGCUCCAUGAACCUGCACUGGGUCCCUCCUCUUCCUCCUCACAUCACCCACCUGUUCCUGGAGAUGAACCACAUCUCUGAGAUUAACUCCAGCUCCCUCUCGGGCCUGGAGCAGCUGCAGGACCUGGACCUUGGAAAGCAGUAUGUGCCUCUUGUGAUCAGAAACAACUCCUUCAGCGGGCAAAGCCGACUGAGGAGGCUGGUGCUUGGGUUCAACAUCGGCCUUCAGCUCGAGCCACAAGCUUUUGUGGGACUGUCUGGUUUGCAGAAUCUCCACCUGGAUUACUGCUCGCUUCAGGACACCAUCCUGAAGGAGAACUUUCUGGAACCACUGCUGUCCUUACAGACUCUUGACCUCUUCGGUAACCAGAUAAAGAAUCUCCAGCCUGCAAUGUUCUUUGCCAACAUGACUAAUUUGAAAGAUUUGAAUCUCAAGUUGAACAAAAUUAUCCGAAUAUGUGAGUCUGAUCUGGUUGGUUUUCAGGGGAAGAAUUUUGAGUUCCUCAACUUGGGCUCUGUUCACCUUAAGGAUAUGUCAAAUAAUCGUUUUGACUGGCAGAAAUGUGGGAAUCCUUUCAGAGGAAUGUCCUUUCAGACACUCGACCUGUCCAACACCGGGUUCAGUGUGGGUAAAUCCAAGCAUUUUUUCUCAGCCAUUAAGGGCACUAAGAUCUCCCAACUCAAAAUGUCAGGACACAUGGGUAAAGGGUUUUCAUUCAAUAACCUCCUUGAUCCAGACCGGAGCACGUUUCAAGGACUAAAUGAGAGCUCAAUCCACACUUUGGAUCUGUCUAAAAACAGGAUAUUUGCAUUGCAACAGGGGGUUUUUAGUCCGCUGAAAGAAGUCGCAAUCAUUGACGUUUCCCUCAACAAAGUGAAUCAGAUACACAGAAACGCCUUUGAAGGUCUUCAGGGACACUUAAAAAUGCUCAACCUGUCACACAACCUACUGGGAGAAAUCUACUCUUACACUUUUGCUUCUCUGACAAACCUGGUAGUGUUAGACUUGUCUUACAACCACAUUGGUGCUCUGGGUUAUGGUGCAUUCAGUGGCCUUCCCAAAUUAAAAGCACUUUAUCUAACAGGAAACUCAUUGCGUGAUCUCGGCUUCCCUGCAUCCCUCCCUAGUUUAGAUUAUCUCCUGUUGAGAGACAAUAAACUGACAACAGUGAGCAACAUUGCACGAUUUUCUGGUAAUGUCGUGCAGCUGAGGAUUCAGGACAACAGAAUAACAAACCUUGGGGAUGUUCACAUGUUGUUUACUCACCUAAAGCGCCUGAAGCAGCUUUUCUUCGGAGGAAACACAAUCAGGAGGUGCAUGCUAAGUGGACGAGCUUCAGCAAAUAGUUCAAACCAAGUCCAAGUACUGGAUCUUCACAGCAGCUCCCUGCAGGCUAUCUGGUCUCAGGGGAGAUGCUUGAAUCUGUUUGACAAUCUUGGACAUGUGAUUAGUGUCAACUUGAGCCUCAACGAACUGAAUUCUCUUCCACAAGGCAUUUUUAAGGGCCUCACAUCAGUAGUGGAGAUAGAUCUCUCAUCCAACAGCUUGACUCAUCUCCAGAAUGAUGUCUUACCCAACAGUCUCAAAGUGCUCAACCUCUCCAACAACUUUGUAGCCUCUCCGGACCCCGCUGCUUUUCGCUUUCUCAGCAUUCUCGACUUAAAAAUGAAUAGGUUUCACUGCGAUUCAAACCUGAAGAGCUUCCUGAGUUGGCUGAACAAGACCAACGUGACCUUCCUGAGUCCCGUUGAGGAUCUCAAGUGUGAAUUCCCUUCUGGUUUCUAUAAAGUUCCUCUGUUGGAGUACUCCACUCAGGUCACACAGCAGUAAAAGAAACUUAAAGUGAAAAAUAUGAACAUCAAGUCCCUUGUAAUGUUGAUUUGAGUUUAUCACAUGGUGUUUUCUCUAUGACCUGAAUAAGUGUAAAAUAAUGUAAUCUUUAAUGAAAGUUUGUUAAAUCCAAUUUAUUAAUCACUUCUGUAGACAAUAUUGUAUAUUAAAAUGUCUAAUUUGACAUGAUUUUAUGAAAUUAAAUGAAUGUGUUGCUUAAUCUACUGCAACAAAGCAUUUUUGUAAAGAUAAUAAUAAAUGUUUUAAUUGAUUAGGUUCUUUUAAAGCUGUCCUCACUUUCUUUUGCAUUUGUAGUCACUAAAUCACCGCUCAAAAAUCCUCAAAAUGUAUUCAAUAAAGAUGAAAUAAGACUUGA